AUAGAUUCGCCAAGCUAGUUCCGUAGCACAAGCAAAGCCAAGCAGUAGUACGAUACAUCUUCUACCCGAGUUCACCAAGUUUGAGGGGACCAUCUAGAAAUUAAUAAAUAUACAUAACGAUUCUUUUUCUUUUAAACGGAUUACUUAAUUGAUUCUUUUGCUUUUAUAUUCAGCAAUAGUAUAUGAAGACUUAGUUCAACAAAAAUAUUUUUUAUUUCAAAUUAUACAUUCGUUCUACAAAACUUAAUUUUUGAACAAAAUUGUAAUGCAAUUCAUGUAUAGUCAAAAAAUCAAGGUCAAGUUUGUAUAAUUACAACUUACUUUCCACAAAUUUUAAUCGUCAGUUUAUACCUGAAUCGAUAACUAAUGCAGAGUUCAAAAAUGAACUCUUUUUACGAGAUGGCUGAUGGAGAACCUGUUGAAUAAUAACUAUUUUCAACUAAGUAUAAAAUUCCGGUACGAACAACCUUUUGUUUUCGAAGAGUGUAUACAAGUCUGAAGGUCAGCGCUGAAUACAAAGCGCCAAAAAUAAGCGGUUCAAGAAAAUCAAAAAUCGAGCGGAUCGAGUCUCGAGCGUUUCUCGGAAUGUCUGCAGACUACUUCAGCUUGGUUGCUGAUGCUUGGGCUUUCAAAACACACAAUAGGUAGUUAGUUUGCGCCGGAAAAGAAGUAAUAAUUCUUGAAUUUUUACAUGAAGUAACUAGUCGACUGCCAUAUUUAAGAUUUAGUUUAUAAGUUAUUAUUAGCUGAAUAAUUUUACAAUGGCAUCCUUUGAAACAUUACGCAAGGAUUAUAGUAAAUAUGUACAGCAGUGCCUAAAGAGUUCAGACAUAGCAACAUUUCAAAAGAAAACUAUCGAACAAUGUGCCAAUGAUAAAGACAGGAAGCCUGCCAUUGAUCAGGCGCUGCGAGACACCUUAGUCAUAAUAUUGUCAAAUAAUGCUACCAACAAUACAAGAACAUUGGAGUCUUACAUUAAAUUCUGCAUUGAAUUAUGUCGGAAGGAUUUGGCAACAACAAGUAUGCCUGUUAUGCUGCUUAGCGAUAUGUUUGACGCACUAACGCUGAAUCUCUGUGAAGAUUUGUUUACAUACGUUGAAAAUAAUGUAUCUACUUGGAAGGAAGACUUGUUCUUCGGAGCCUGUAAAAAUAAUUUGCUCCGCAUGUGCAAUGAUCUUCUAAGGAGGCUUUCUCGUUCUCAGCAGACUGUGUUUUGUGGUAGAAUUUUGCUUUUCUUGGCCAAGUUUUUUCCAUUCUCCGAAAGAUCAGGACUUAAUAUUGUGAGUGAAUUUAAUUUGGAAAAUAUUACUGAAUUCGGAUCAGAAAAGUCAGAAGAAGAGGUCAUUCAGCAAAUGGAAGUUGACGGUGAAAAAUCAGAAACAAAAAUUUCUAUUGAUUAUAAUUUGUACAGGAAAUUUUGGGCUUUACAAGAUUUCUUUAGGAAUCCAAACCAAUGCUACAACAAAAUGCAUUGGAAGUGUUUUUCGACCCACGCUACUAAUGUGUUAUCUACAUUUGCUUCAUUUAAAUUGGAAGAUCAAAAGGAUUGCAUAAUAGAUCAUUUAAAAAUUGAAUCAUUAUUAGAUGGACGUUACAAAGAUAACCAUUAUUUUGCAAAGUAUUUGACAAAUGAAAAAUUAUUAGAACUGCAGUUGUCUGAUUCCAAUUUCCGACGAUUUGUAUUGCUCCAAUUUUUAAUUUUGUUUCAAUAUUUAAAUAGUACAGUGAAAUUCAAAUCAGAAACACACGAGUUAAAACCUGAUCAAGUGGAAUGGGUCAACACAACUACUGAACAAGUUUAUUUGUUACUGACUGAAACUCCACCUGAUGGGGCUGCUUUUGCAGAAGCUGUUAAGCAUAUUUUGAAACGAGAAGAAUAUUGGAAUUCUUGGAAAAAUGAAGGAUGUCCAGCUUUCAAAAGGCCAGCUCCAGAACCAAUGACAGAAGCAGAUGAAGCUAGAAAACCAAAAAGGCUCAGGAGAAAAAUUGGGGAUCUGAUACGCGAUGCACAAGCUGUAGGCAAAUAUUACAUGGGAAAUCAAGAAUUGACAAAAUUGUGGAAUCUAUGUCCAAACAAUCUGGAAGCCUGUAAAUCUAAGGAUAGGGAUUUCUUACCUUCACUGGAAACCUACUUUGAAGAGGCAAUCGAACAGUUAGAUCCAGCUGCUGCUAUAGAAGAUGAAUACAAGAAAGUUAACGACGGUAAUUUUGGCUGGAGAGCACUCAGGUUAUUGGCAAGGCGAAGCCCACACUUCUUUGUUCAUGGAAACUACCCCAUUAAUAAACUUCAGGAGUACCUAGAAAUAAUGAUAAAAAAAAUAGCUAAAGAUAGACCAGUUCAAACUGAUAUAAAGCAAGAGGCAGGAGAAACACCACCUUCUGAACAAAUUGAACAAGACUUUAAUGAAGAAACGCUGAAACAAGAAACUGAGGCGAUAGAAUCCAAACCUAAAGUAAUUAACAGGAUAAGUCGCGAGUUAGUCGAAAAGUUGGCAGAAGUUAUGAAAGAUGACUGGGAAACAUUAGCUGCUAAGUUAGGAUAUACAAACGACGAGAUUGUUUUCUUUGGUAAAAAGCAAACACCUUAUGAACAGUGUCAAGAAAUGUUAGUAAUAUGGACGGAAGAAGAUCCAGAAGCAUCAAUUGAGCAUUUGAAAUCUAUUUUGCAAGAAUUGAAUUGUACUGAAGCCUUAGAAGUAGUUAAUUCUAAUACUGUAAAAACUGAAUAAUCUACAUUUUUUAUACUUAAAUAAAUAUAAAUGACAAUGAACUUUAAAAAA